AUGCAGGCAUUUUUUGAAACUAACCUCUCCCAGCUACAGAAGGCAGGUGGCAGCUCUCCGGUGGAAUUUGAGUGUAUUCACCCUGAGAAGAAGAGAAAGAAGAAGAGCUAUAAAAACUCUGGCAUUGUUCGAGUGAAGUCUUGCAAAAUUGAAAUGGAAUAUUCUUUCCUGGAUUACAUCAUGGGAGGCUGCCAAAUUAAUUUCAUUGUGGGCAUAGAUUUCACCGGCUCCAAUGGAGAUCCAAAGUCACCAGAUUCUCUUCACUAUAUCAGUCCAAAUGGGAUCAAUGAAUACCUGACGGCCAUCUGGUGUGUGGGGAACGUGGUACAGGAUUAUGACACUGACAAACUGUUCCCUGCCUUUGGGUUUGGAGCUCAAGUUCCUCCAGACUGGAAGGUAUCCCAUGAAUUUGCAUUGAACUUUAACCCUACAAAUCCCUAUUGCCAAGGAAUCCAGGGAAUUGUGGAUGCAUAUCGCCAGGCAUUGCCUCAGAUUCGUCUCUAUGGUCCAACAAAUUUCUCUCCAAUUAUAAAUCAUGUUGCCAGGUUUGCUGCUCAGGCAGCACAGCAAAAUACUGCUUCUCAAUACUUUGUCUUGCUGAUAAUCACAGAUGGGGAGAUCACCGAUCUGGACCAAACCAGGCAAGCCAUUGUCAAUGCCUCCAAGCUGCCCAUGUCUAUCAUUAUCAUUGGAGUUGGGAGCGCUGAGUUCAAUGCCAUGGAAUUCCUUGAUGGAGACGAUGGUGUUCUAAAGUCCUUGUCAGGGGAACCAGCUGCACGAGAUAUUGUCCAGUUUGUGCCCUUCAGGAGGUUCCAGAAUGCUCCUCGUGAGGCACUUAGCCAGUCAGUGUUAGCUGAAGUUCCUAAGCAACUGGUAUCCUACUUCAAGAUGCUUGGCCUGAAUCCCAUGAAGAUGCCUUCAGAAAAACAGCCAUAAAGCACAAUACCUUUCAUUUACAAGGAAAAGAAUACUGCAUAUAGAGCUUUCCAGUGAAUAGUCCUUUCCCCUAUGUAUUACUCUGCAUUCAAAACAAUAUUUCUGUACUUCCAACAUAUAUUGGGAAUAUGAUAUAUUUGCAGACAGUAUAUAGGAAUACUAGUGCUCUUGGCAGUUCUUAUUAGAAAAUUGACGAAUACCUUAUGGCCAAAUCCAUUUGCAUUCUGUCUACCUGCCCAUGCUGUGCAGCACACAAUCCUAGUGAAGAAUCUUGGGUUUGUUUGUUUUUUAAAAGUCAAGAUCCUAGCCCUUGAUUUAAAAGAAAGCUUUUUUAAUUUUAAUUUUUCUGCUGAAGUUGCAGAACCUGAAUGGAGCUUGGGACAUGGUUUUCAGAAGGUGGUGAAACUUCUUAUAUCACAAAAUGGCUGCUAAUGCUUGCUUCUGUCCCUUGCUGAUUUAUAUCCCAUUCCCUUAUUAUUAUUUAAUCUGCUCAACCCUUCACUGCAUUUUGAAUCAGUUGUGAAGGUUCAUUCAUAACAAAUUAUGAAAACACCAGAUAUUUGUACUAAAAUUACAAAAAAAAAAAA